CUGUUCAGCACUUAUGCAGCAUCGUUUUGCGCACGCCCCAAAGUCAUGAAGAACCGCGUCUCCCGACGUGCAGAUGAAAACAUUUUCACAAACGCGCCACUCCUACAUAUGCGAUCAUAAAACGGGAUGGACGUUGAGACAGCCGCGUCGGGUUCGACCCUUGGCUUUUCCGACCUGAGCGCAAUGGAGAAUGAAACAGAUGAUCUAGGGAGAAGGAUCUUGCAACACCAACGCUAUUCUACGGGUCAACAAUUUGAGAACCAUGUACAGCCGUUCUCGCGAGCUCGACCUCGAAAGACAGAACCACUUAAAAUCGAAACUAUCGUGCAGACCGUGAAGGAUGAGCAUCGCCAUAGGCGGACAGCCAGCGAUGGAAGCGCAGCUGCGAAUUUAUCCCUGAAUGUCCCUAAGGAAUGGGGUCGAAGAGCUAGACGGAGGCCCGACUGGUUGCGUAGCUAUGAGUCGGACGAUACGCCAACAAGCAUAGCAAAGUUGGACGACGACGCUAUUCUGCCACGUAGGACAGCAUUUACCGGAGACGAAAGCCCGAUCCUGCAAAGGUCAGCCACGAGGGAGAGAAUCGUUCAAUCCGUUGAACAACAGAGUCCAUCUUUUCAGCGCGUUCGCGGUUCUACUUCGCCUUGGUCCCUGAAACACAUGAAUACCACAUUACGAUCCGGCUUGGAUAUGGACGAAGAAGAGCUGGGAUUCGCCGACAACUCGAUUCUCACAUCUACUCCAGCUGGAAACUUGCGCGAUUACAAGCAAAAUGCUCUGACUCGACAUGAGAUUAUGGUAUUGGAGCAAAGAGGCGUGACUCGCAAGACACUCGAUCAAAUAUCUGAGCGUUCACACGACCUUGGUGGUUCUAGGUUUCCAACAUCUACUGGUGAUCAGAUCGCGAAACCGACUCGCAGACGAAGAAGCGGUGCCAGCAACAAAGAGAACGAGGAUUUCGGUCAUGGCGAGGACACAGAUAGCAAAUCUCAACGGUCUUCCGGAUCAUCGGCUCAUGCUCCCGAGCCACAAAAUACACGAUCUUACUCCCACGCUCGCCAGGACUCAAUAGCCCUGCUAAGAAAGCUCGCUCGGGUGACUAGCUUAUCGCCGAGUCCCGCCAAACCCAUGCCCGCCAACGACACUGAGGACGUUGCACUAACGAGAGAUUCUACUGGGGACACAGCACAUGUUUCAGCACAACGUCUGAGAGGGACCAGAGUUUUGUCCAUCAAGAGUGAACCUGAAAGUAUGAACGCGAACAGCGACACUUCGACAGCAGGCCCGACUGGCAGCGGUGGUGAUUUACUCGAGACUGGCGAACCUGCUGUGACUUCGUCUAAGAGUAAUCGAUCUCAAGCGAAGUCAGCCCUGGAAGAUGUUUUGCGAGAGGCUCAAGAACAGAAGAACAUCCAUCUGGGAGAAAGCACAAUAGCCUCAUUAGAGGACAUCGUGCAUCCCAAUGAGGAUCCUUCAGAUCUGAAGACAAGCCCCAACGACUUUGAUGGCGUUCAUCCGACAGUCGAUCGACUUAAAAAUGUGGCAUCAGCGAAGAAUGUGCGCCUGGAGGAAGACCUGGCACUGCAGAAAUUGAAUCAAAGCCUACGAACAACGAGGACGAACAUCAAAGAUGCUAGCAAGGGUCUCCGACGCAUUGAGAAUAAGAUUGAAGCUGCGCAGUGGGAACCGCCCAUUGUGCUCUCUACUGCCACAAAGCCGUUGCGUCACCAGCUUGGCGACGCUACUUGUCAACACUGCGGCGGCCGUCAAAACUCCGCCUGGCACACGUUGUGGAACGAGUUUCGGAGCAACUUUUACACCUGGGAUUCUAAGCGCCAGAGCCCCCUUCGUUUGACAUGGCUUGGACUCGCUUGUCUACUCUGGACGAUAUGGUACCUCACAGAGACCACACUCUGCGCAUAUUACUGCCACCAAGCCUACGCCGUUGAGAUGGUAGGCUACGGUGUCGACCCUGACGCUCCCGACUAUCCUUUCGUGAUACCUACACUAUUAUUUCGUCCCUUCAAGCCAAUUUGGCAUCCUGUCUUGCAAUACCUAGCGUGGAGUUUCGGAGUUUUAUUGAAUUUGCUUUUUGGCGAUGGGUUUAGCGUUGGCGUAGUGCCGAAUGUCCCUAGGCGGGAGCCGAAGAGGCGAUUUGGUCAACGUGCGAUGAGCACAGGGGCAUCAUUCCCGGUUUUUGCAAAAGCUGUCGAUGGCAACGCUGGUUGGUUAUCUGCCGCGGCAACUGCUACAUCAUCUGCGGUCCGACACGUUGCGGAGAGCACUUUCCGCGCGGCAAGUGAUGCAGGCAGCAUGUGGGAGGAUGCAUUCCAUUCUACUCCUUGAAAUAUGUAAAUUGAAGCUGGGUCGACUGAAUACUGAAAUGAUCAUGUGAAUUGCCGCAAGGCAAAGUUCUCAAG